AUGGCAGGCCCCAAUUCCCACCCACCACCAACCGACCACCCCGCGCCCGGUCUCCGCGCCUCACGCCUCCACCAAGUCUUCGACCAAGCGCUCGCGCGCACACUCCGGGCAAACUCCUACGCCAAUUUCGCCGGUUGUUUCCCGACGCCAGCGCGACAUGUCCCGGCUAGUUUGGAGAGUGUGUGGAGACAGUUGAAUGCGAAGUUGGAGGAGAGUGCUAAGGCGGAAUUUGAGGAGAUUAUUGAGGAGAGAGAUGCUGUGAGGCAUUUGAAUGAUUUGGAUAGGUUGGUUAGUGAGGCGAAGGUGCGGAGGGAGAAGGGGAAGGGGAAGGAGGAGGAGGAUGGGGGUGGGCCGGGGUCUGGGAAUGCGCUGCAUACCCUUGGUGCGGAGGAGCUGUAUAGGGCUCAUUUGACGCCGUACCUGCAGGAAGCGCAGGCGACCCUGAAUGGCAAACUUGGGGAAACACAUGCGCAGAAUGCAGAGUUGGCGCAGACAGUACAGGCGCAGAGGCGGGAGAUUGAGAAACUUCUUGCGCACCUCGAGUCUGUCGUUACGGAUAUCGAGGGUGCUGCGACGGCGGCUACGGAAUUCAGCAAGGAACAUCAUAUUCGUCAGGACGCGAUUCAAAUGGACCGGGAAGUUAACGCCCACCCGGGCGUGUAA